AUGUCUCGCUACGCUGAAUCUCACGUCUCCCCCAAAGGCCCUGGCGAUGCCCGACCAACCGCCCUCCAAAUCGUCAAAGACGAGCAAAUGACCGACCAACUUAAGGGCAAAGUCAUUGUCGUCACCGGCGUCUCAUCCGGUCUUGGUGUUGAGACUGUCCGCGCCCUAGCCACCACCGGAGCCUCCUUCAUCCUCACUGCUAGGGAUCUCACUAAGGCUAUGAGUGCGCUCGGCGAUAUCUUUGACUCGUCACGCAUGAAGCUCGUCGAGAUGAACCAAAACUCGCUCGCUAGCGUCCGAGCUGCGGCAAAGACUAUCCUCGCGGAUACACCUAAGAUCAACAUCCUCAUUAAUAACGCCGGUAUCAUGGCUGUUCCCGAUCUGCAGCUCACUGAUGAUGGUCAUGAGGCGCAGUUUGGUGUUAACCAUCUCUCACACUUUCUCUUCUUCCAGCUGCUUAAGCCUGCGCUGCUCGCUGGAAGCUCUCCUGAGUUUGCCUCUCGCGUCGUCAAUGUCUCUUCUGCUGCGCACCGCUUCAUCGGAAUCAAUGCCUCGGACAACUACAGUUUCCAAAAGGGCGAUUACAACAAGUGGGUUUCCUACGGCCAGUCCAAGACGGCAAACAUCUACAUGGCCAACGAGAUUGAGCGACGCUACGGAUCCCGCGGCCUCCACGGCCUGUCCCUGCACCCAGGUGGCAUCAACACCGGCUUGAUGCGGUACAUUCCUGAGGAAGAAGCCAAGGCCAUGAUUGCGCAGAUUGGACCAGAGGUUCUGCAAGGCAUGAAGAGCCCGGAGCAAGGGGCUGCUACGCAAGUUUGGGCGGCGAUCGCAAGGGAUCUGGAGGGCAAGGGAGGAAAGUAUUUGUCUGAUGUCUCUGUGGCUGAGGCUGGACCGGAUGAUCAGAACAUGGCUAGCUCGACGACGGUGAGCCAUACUUAUAAUGCGGCCGAUGAGGCCAGGCUGUGGAAGGAUUCACUCAAGCUGGUUGGGCUGGAGGAUGAUGAGUAG